AUGAGUUGUUUUUCACAUUGUUGUGCAAUUGAAAUUUGGUUUAAAAAAAAAAAAAAAAAGCAGCUCGGACUCCUCUGCUGUGAUUCUGCCUCUGCUCCAGAUUACGGGGUACGUCUACAGCCGAUAUGGGGAGAACAUUGUCUUAUCUGACCGAUGGGGUCAGUAAUGGACAGACAAGGAGAACACUACUGAUAUGUCUCUGCUCUGCAGUCUGCUGUGUGUCCAGUCAAGGAGAUGUCUGUCCUUCUCCAUCAUGGGUCCAGUUUGAAAGCAGUUGUUAUAUAUUUCUAACAGAGAAAAAUUCACUAAGCAUUGAACCUGCUCGACACAUUUGCAAAGAAUUUGGCGCUGACAUUAUCAGCAUCAGAUCAAAGGAGGAGAAUUCAUUCUUGGUUAAAAUGUUUAAAACAAAAUGGAAAGGUCCUGCAGAAGUCUUACUGGGCAUGUUCUAUGACAGCGACGACAACUCCCUGAAAUGGUUUGACAAGUCUAAUGUAACUUUCUUAAACUGGGGACAAGGACAACCCGACCACAAUGACCUAGACACUUGUGUUAAAAUGAACACACAGAGCGGACUGUGGGACGUCACCGACUGUGAUAUCUUUAGUGAAUCGGCAGUCCUGUGCAAAUAUAUUGCAAAAGAAAAACACACAUAUGAUAAAAAAGCCAUUAAAAUUGCUUUAAUCCUGAUAUUUGUCCUAAUUACACUAGGAGUACCCACAAUAGUCCUAUUACUCCUCAACAAGAAGAACUGGUCCAAUAGACUCCAUAGGGUUCACGUUCCCCCAUACAGGGAUGAUGCUGUCCUGGUAGACACAUUGGAGAGUGAAGACUAUGCCUGAUGCAGCAGAUGUGUCACCCACAACCAGAAAAGCCCAUUUUUCGGGUUUUUUUGCCCAAUUUUUCUCCAAUGCAAAAUUAAACUGGAAUCGGAAUAGUUCUCUAUGACCAGGAGGAGCUCUUGGACUGAUUUGAUUCAUUAGAUUAUAAAAGUGACAUGCGCAAUGCUGCGUACUCAUAGGUACGUAAAAUAAAC